GUCAGUGGCGGCAAGGCGCGCCUCGGAUGCAAGUUGGACGUUCGAGACUUCAUGGACUCUGCCGCAAUGCAGCUGUAGAAGGAAACUGAAACAGUCAACGCUGAAAUCAACUUCAGUCGCACUGCCAAAUACUUAGGAGCAGCGGGGAGCAGGUCGGCAGGAUGGGGCCCUCCGAGUCUCAGGAGCAGCUGCUGGGCAGCAGCAGCUCCCUGGGCAGGGAGUCGGUGGCGCUGCAGCCGCCGCCGGAGGCCGCGCUCACCUCCGUCGAGAAGAAGUUCCUGCUGUUCGCCGAGCGCGGAGACUGUGCCACCGUCAGGAGACUGCUGGAUGAAUACAAGGAACAGCCAGAGAUCCUCAACAUCAACUGUGUCGAUCCUCUCAACCGGUCGGCGCUCAUCGCAGCUAUCGAGAAUGAGAACAUCGAACUUAUCCGCAUACUUUUGGAUCGAAAUAUCAAAGUCAAGGAUGCGCUGCUGCACGCCAUUAAGGAAGAGUACGUGGAGGCCGUGGAGAUGUUGCUGGAGUGGGAGGAGAUGAUCCAUAAACCCGGAGAACCCUAUAGCUGGGAAGCAGUGGACCGCUCCUCGUCGACCUUCACGCCCGACAUCACGCCGCUCAUCCUGGCGGCGCACAUGAACAACUACGAGAUCCUCAAGAUCCUGCUGGACCGCGGCGCCACGCUGCCCAUGCCUCAUGACGUCAGGUGCGGCUGCGACGAGUGCGUGGUGUCGAGCGAGGCGGACUCGCUGCGGCACUCGCAGGCGCGCAUCAACGCCUACCGAGCCCUCACCGCCUCCUCGCUGAUCGCGCUCUCCUCCCGGGACCCGCUGCUCACCGCCUUCGAGCUCUCCUGGGAGGUGCGCCGCCUCUCGCGCAUGGAGAACGAGUUCCGCGACGAGUACAACGAGAUGCGGCAGAACGUGCAGGAGUUCGCCACGUCGCUGCUGGACCACGCGCGCACCUCUCUGGAGCUGGAGAUCAUGCUAAACCACAACCCUGGAGGGGAGAGUUGGGAGCCGGGCGAAAGGCAGACCCUAGAGAGGCUCAAGCUGGCCAUCAAGUACAAGCAGAAGAAGUUCGUGGCGCACCCGAACGUGCAGCAGCUGCUGGCCGCCAUCUGGUACGAGGGGCUGCCCGGCUUCCGCCGGAAGAGCAUGGUGGGCCAGCUGUUCGAGGUGGCCAAGCUGGGAUCCAUGUUCCCCGUCUACAGCAUGAUCUACAUGAUCGCACCCAACUCCAAGAUGGGCCUCUUCAUGAAGAAACCCUUCGUCAAGUUCAUCAUACACUCCGCCUCCUACGCGUUCUUCCUUUCGCUCCUGGGCCUGGCAUCCCAGCGCGUGGAGUUCAUGCUGAUCGAGUGGUUCGGCAACGACUGGCUGCGCUCAAUCCUGGCAGAGUGGAAGCGCAAGGAGCGCGGGUCGCUGCCAGGGCUCGUCGAGUUCGUCAUCAUCAUCUACGUCUUCAGUCUCAUGUGGUGCGAAAUAAGGUCGCUGUGGGGUGGCGGGCUAUUGGAGUACAUCACGGACCUGUGGAACGUCGUCGAUUUCAUCACCAACAUUUUCUACAUGCUGUGGAUAGCUCUCCGCUUCACUUCGUGGUACAUCGUGCAGCGGGAGUACAGCCAGGGCUUGGAGCCCUGGUACCCUCGCGAGAAGUGGGACCCCUUCGACCCCAUGCUGCUGUCCGAGGGCGCGUUCGCCGCUGGAAUGAUAUUCAGUUUCCUAAAGUUGGUGCACAUCUUCAGCGUCAACCCGCACCUGGGGCCGUUGCAGAUCUCAUUGGGCCGCAUGAUCAUAGACAUCAUCAAGUUCUUCUUCAUCUACACGCUGGUGCUGUUCGCCUUUGGGUGUGGUAUGAACCAGUUGCUGUGGUACUACGCGGACCUGGAGAAAGCAAAGUGUUACCACCUGCCCAGCGGACUGCCGGACUUUGACAACGAAGAGAAAGCUUGUGCCAUAUGGAGGAGAUUUACCAAUCUGUUCGAGACGUCACAGUCUCUCUUCUGGGCAAGUUUUGGAUUGGUUGACCUGAUGAACUUCGAGCUGGUCGGAAUCAAAAGUUUCACGCGAUUCUGGGCCCUGCUGAUGUUUGGUUCGUACUCUGUCAUCAACAUCAUCGUGCUGCUCAACAUGCUCAUCGCUAUGAUGUCCAACUCCUACCAGAUCAUUUCGGAACGCGCGGACACGGAGUGGAAGUUCGCCCGCAGCCACCUGUGGAUCAGCUACUUCGAGGAGGGCGACACGGUGCCGCCGCCCUUCAACCUGGUGCCCACGACCAAGGGCCUCGCCAAGGUGUUCGGCUGCGGCUCCGGCAAGCGCCUGUCCACGUCCACCAAGAAAAAGUCGCGGGAGAUGGCGCAGGAGCGCCACGACACGGUGAUGCACCUGCUGGUGCGCCGCUACGUGACGGCCGAGCAACGCAAGCGCGACGACUUCGGCAUCACCGAGGACGACGUCAUCGAGAUCCGACAGGACAUCUCGACGCUGCGCUACGACCUCAUCGACAUCCUGCGCACGAACGGCAUGACCACGCCCAACGUCGACAUGCAGGAGUCGGCAGUGGGCAAGAAGGGUCGCGUCAUGGAGCGCCGACUGCUAAAGGACUUCCAGAUCGGCUUCGUGGAGGGCAUCGUGAGCGACGCCAUCCGCAAGGGCCCUGGCGGACCAAAGGACGUGUUCAGCAAGAUCGCCAAGGCCAUCGGGAAGCGAACCAGCUCCAAGAAGAAGGACUGGAACGCCAUGGUGCGCAAGAACACAGUGGCGCGAGACCCCAUCGGUUCCACGACGGAAGCGCAGACACGCCGCAGCAGCCGCCAGAGUUUACGCAGGUACAUCAUCGAGAAGCAGAAGGAGGGCCUCGACCCCGAGAAGCUGCUGGAGUACAACCCGCGGCUGUCGACGCUGACGCCGUCGGCGCGCGUCGCCUACGCCAAGUUCAAGAUCAGCAAGAUCCGCCAGGAGUACGACUCGGGCGCGCGCGGCAGCGUCAGCAGCGACACGGCGCGCGUCGCCGUUGAGGACGAGGUGCGCGGCGCCGACGACGUGUUCGACGGCCCGGUCAGGGCGCCGGUUGCCAACGCCAGGCCCGCGGGGGGCGCCCCCUCCAGUGCUGCCAACCGCUGGGCGCGCGCCGGCGCCAAGAUCGCUUCCAACGCUGCCAACCCGCCGGCCGCCGCCCAGAGGCCUCGACCGCGACCCGCGCUGCAGGCCAACAACGUGGCCAAGCCGGCGCCGCCCACACCGUCCCCGUCUCCGUCGCCGCCGCCACCCCCGCCGUCGACGCCGUCCCCGGAGCCGCCGGCGGUGCCGCCGCGCGACUUCCGGGCCCGCACGCCCAUCCCCGAGGAGGAGGAGAGCUCGCCGCGCGGCCCCACGCCCACCUCGCCGCCACACAUCGUCCUCGAGAGGCCGACGCCGUCGCCGUCCCCGCCGCCCGACGCCUCAGCCAAAGGUUCCCCCGCUUCGUCAAGGUCUUCAUCGACCUCCUCUCGCGGCAGCGCCUCUGGAGGUGCCGGUACCAACAAAGAAGCGAGUGCGCCCGAGAAGUCUGGGGAAGCUGGCCCCGCGAAGGACGAGGAGGAGAAAGAGAAGAAGGAAGGAGGUGCAAAGGACGGCGAGAAGGAGGAGCACGAGGGCGGCUCGGCGCCGACGCCUUCUCCUCGAGCCUACAAGCCCGGCGGGAAGUCCAAAGUGACGGGGCAGACCCUCACCGGCUGGCUGUAGGCGCACGCCACACGCUACACGCUACACGCUACACACUACACACUACACUCACUGCCCUCGUCAUGGGGACUUUCUGUGGGUCUGGGCUAGGAAAUCUCAUACGGGCUCGUUCCACGUUUCGAGAUAACCACCCCGUACGAGAAGAGUAUUGCUCUGAGAAGAGAGGUCGAUGAGAGUUCCUUGAAGUAAUAUGUGCUACAUACUAAUUUAAUUUUUCGUACAUGUAUUUUAUCACAAACCAAGGAUGUACUUACCCAUGGAUCAAAUGAACUUUGUAACCUUUGGGGCCAAUGAACUGCCUUCCUUCUAUCAUUUCUUACCUAUUUCGUUUAAUUUUAACUUAUAAUCCCUUAAUCAGGCAUAACCCAUAAUAACAUACUAGGCAAGCGAUUCUCACAAGAAUAUUUUCAUCCACUUGUCUAGAAGAGACGGGCAAGAGUGUAGCUCAAGAUAUCAUCACAUUUUCACUACCAGCCAGACGUCGACGUAUAUAUCUUGAUGCAGCAGAGGGAAUGAAAAAGCAAGUACUGCAUUGACUGCACUUCGAAAUCUGUGUCGAUCCCUUGUGGCUACAGGGAGAUAAGGGGACACAGUAAUUAGACAUAGCACUCUGUUGCUUCCUUCAGCGUCCUUUGGCCUGGCCUAGGUAGAAUUAGUCAUUAGAAGGCCACCAUAAUGUAAACCCAUUGAAGGGGCUUUUUAGUUAGAACAAACAUUCCGAAAUAUUUAUUGACAUUCUGCCUAAUUUCCAUGAUGAAAAUAACUUAUAUACACAAGAUGUUUCCUCAAGGAGAGCUACUACUUUCCCUCUCUCUCUCUCUCUCUCUCUCUCUCUCUCUCUCUCUCUCCCAACGUGUGUGUGUGUGUGUGUGUGUGUGUGUGUGUGUGUGUGUGUGUGUGUGUGUGAGUGAGAGAGAGAGAGAGAGAGAGAGAAUUUUGUGUACGUGUGUGCUUGGAGGAGAGACAAGAGAGAAGAGAGAAAAAGCGUUCCUUAAUCUCCGGGCAUCAGUAAAUGAGGAUAGUAUCGCUACAGUUACCCCCAUAUGAAACGGAAUAAGACAUAAAAUGUGGUUGUAAUUCGUGAAAUGUGUGGAACGCCCAACUAGCAGGAAUUGUCUUCGCUUCUUGUGUGCCACCAUAGCAAAUCGUUUAACAUCAGCUGCCAACACAUUUAAGAGUUCAUGAAUUACGGGUACCACUUUUGAGCGAAAUUUAAGGAAGUUGCAGUUGGCUCUUAACUGUGAAUAACCAUUUUUGAAAAAAAUAAUAAUUCAUCUAAUAAUAACAUACAUUAGAUAUAGCACAUAGUUGACCUCUUUGGAAACAUUAUUAUAAUAAUGCCAGUAUCCCCAUAUCAAGUAAAGCUGAUUGCCAUUACUUUUUAUGAGAAACUGCUUUCUAUUCUUAGCAUUUGCUUAAAUUUUGAGUUCUUCACUUUUAAUACGAAUCGCCGUAUGCUUUGUGGUAUUUGUAAAUAUUUUAAAUUAUAUGAAGCAACAUAAACCUUAUCAGCUCCGUCCAUAACAGUCUCCGCUAUUUCUAUGCUCUACUAGGGCUUUUCAUUCACCAAAACGUCUAAUUUCCGUAAUUGGGCAGUGAAAUAGACUUGUGUCGACGACAACAUGACAUGGCUGGUACCUCAAUAAUUCCUCCAACUGUUUUUCUCACUGUCUCUUUUUAACAUACGGGUAAUGAAAUAAAUAAAUUUUGAUAAAUCCUUCAGCUAUAGCUGACGUAAGAUUGCAUUGGUUUGUCUAUUUUCAGUCUUAAUAAGUACCCAGAAACAAAGUUCUUAGCAAAAAUCAAUAAAUUUUGAUCACUUACACUUCAAGAAUUAUUACUAUGCCAUCUUUGUUAAAACAUGUAUAUUGAUUAUGCAAUAAAAUGUGUUUACCAU